AUGUGGAUGCCCGCAGGUGUAAGUGAUAUUCAUCGUUCAUUUAUUGACAGAGCUUGAUUUCCUGGAAUUCAUUCAACAGACCUCCCACUAAAGCUAAUAGUCCCGAAUAGACAAGCGUUUCACUGCAAUCUUGGACACUUUUCCGUGAUCCAAAUCGCUUUCAUGAUGCCACUUCCCUCAUUCCCGAGCGAUGGCUCCCUGCAGCUACGCGUCAAGAUUCGCCAUGUGUUAACGACCAAAGACAAGCUGUUCAAGCUUUUAGUGCAGGACCCAGGAUAUGUAUGGGAAGACAUCUCGCUUGGGCAGAAAUGCGCUUAGCUACCGCGAGAUUGCUUUGGGCAUUUGAUUUGGAAGCAGCAGGAGAAGUCUUGCACUGGGAUAAUUUGAGAACCUUCUUGCUCGUGGAGAAGAAGCCUCUCGAAAUUAGAAUACGAGCGAGGAGUGAUCCGUAA